AUGGCGAAAACACCUAAACUGAAGUCCAAUGCUAGAUCAAAAUCUGUACACUCUCGAGCAGCAAGACGAGAGGUUUCUCCGUCUGUAAACAUUGACAAGUCAUUGACUUCAAUUCCGCGAGCAGAGAGGACCAGCACAUCGGUUCCAGCUGUCCUUGGAACCCAGCAUAACUCUGGAGUGUCAAAGAAGGGCAAGAAACCGAAAUCAAGAGCCCAACGACUCCGGCAGGAAAAGGGCUUGGAACGCGCAGAGGUUGUUCUUGAUAAACGAGAGAAGAAAGUUAAUAAGAGUGUUCGCAAGUUCUCUGGCGUCAGAGCUCGAAAGGCAACAUGGGAUGAUUUAAACAAGAAAAUAAGCCGCGCCCCAGAAAAGGAGAAAGAAGAAACCAAAGAUAUAGAUAUUGAUGACAUAGACGAGAUGGAGGCCGAAACAACGGUUCCUGCACCUCAGGCUUCGAUACAUAUCCCAACGGAAGCAGUGGAGCCGACCGGACCUGAGCUUGACGAGGACAUCACCUAA